UUCCCUCUUGCAUUGCGCAUUUCUUUUGCUUUUCCCUUUGGAUUGGCCUUGGCUAUAGCCUCUUUGAAUUGUGAGGAUCAUGUGGGCUGCUGCUACAGUGUGAGGCUGCAUGCAUGGGAGUGGGGAGCCACUCUUUUGAUGUGCCCAAACAUGAUUCCAAGAUUAUUUUUUGUACCAAUCUUGCAGCCUUUGCAUUCCCAUCCACUCUCCCCUAUCAUCCAUCUGCUAGUUUAUUUCUAUAGGUGUGCCAAGUGUGGCAGCCUUUCUCUCAGCACUCCUUUUUGUUACUCCAAGCUUUUCCUGUAGUUUUCUCUCCUUCGCUCCACAUUGCCACCACAAAAUCAGCUGAGAUCUCACUUUUGAUUCGGCGACCGUCUUUAACUAGAGAGCAGCCCAGCUGAGAUCUUCCUGUGUGUGCUCCCGUUCUUGGCGUUCGUCAACAGGUCACAAACUGCGGCGAGGCCCCAUGAUUCCAUCAGCUGAUGCAAAGCAAGACGGCUGCUAGUUUCUGCAUUCAAAUUCAGGGAGGUCGACAGCUGCAGGAGUGCCCGGUGCUUAAACCUGAACUCUUCAAGAGAGGAGACGUCUUGGUUGCGAGCGGCCAAGAAGCGGAGGCAGGCAGCCAUGAGCGGGUUUGGGCAGAGGUCGAGGCCCUGGCCAGGGGAGCCGUCGCCGGUCGCCGCGGCGGCUGACGCGGGCGGCGAGGCGUCGACGACGCUCAGGGACUUCGGCACGUCGAUGGACGCCAUCUCCUUCGGGUUCGCGGCCACGGCCAUCCUCAUCUCCAUGUUCCUCCUCAUGGCCAUCUUCGAGCACCUCAUCAAGCCCCACGUGUUCCCGCCGGACGGCUCCCUCGCCGGCGCCGCCCUCCGCCCCGCCCGCCGCCGGCACGGCCUCUCUCCCGGCAAGCUCCGGAGCCCGCCCAUGGUGGAGACGGUGCUGCAGGCGGCGGACCUGUCCGUGCUGAUGCCGGGGCAGCGGUACCCGACGUACCUGGCGCAGCCGUCGCCGCUGCCGCUGCCGCCGCCGUGCCCCAGGGAAGGGGUGCGCUGGCCGCCACACGACGACGACGACCACCACCACCAUUCCUACAUGCCACCAUGACCAAGCCAACGCUUUAAUCUCCACAAUGCAAUUAUGCAAUGGACACAUGUUAGACACACGCUGUCAGAUUGUUAAUCGAUCGAUGGAUCGAUCCUGUUGCUGAUUGAAUCGCGCUGUAAAUAAUAAACGCAGGAGAGACUGACAAGAGUUGUUGGAUAUAGAUGGAGACGUACGUCCUGUCCUGUCCCGGUUGGUUGCUAGCUAGCUAGCUUAAGCUUUGCCCGCGCGUUCCAUGCUUGCAUGGCACUCGCGGGUGUGUCAACAUCGCGUGGCAUUCGCCGGUGUAGGCAACCCAACCGUCUCGUCUCAUCACCGGUGAAAUUGGUAUGUGCGAAAGCUGGCAAGCUGAGGCCUGCACGCCAUGUUACUCGUCGCCGGAUUUGAGAUUGAGAGCGAUGAAGGCAUUUCGUGACGGUGUACCGGCCGGCAAGGAGGAGGAAGAACGCUCUCGUGGUGCCCUGCCCGUCGGACAUGGCUGGAAAUAAGAUGAGAAAUUUGCGCGCGGUGUCACCUCCCAGGUCAACACGGAGCUGUAGGCAAUCAAAGCAGUAUAUAUGUAUCUAUAUAUGGUCCAAGAGGCUUGAGCUUCGCAAUGUGAGCUCCAAAUUUUUUUUUAAAGGUGUAGUCAACUAGCCAAGUAUGAUUCAGUAAAGUUAAGCAACAGACAGCAAAGCUCACGAUUGUUUAAAAAAGGGCGUUUCACGAGAAAAACAAUUCAAAUUCCAAAACAAUUUGGAAACUCCCUUGUUCUAAACAAGUCACCGGUUUAAACGGUUAA